AUGAGCUCAGUAUCCAAUGAAGAGAAAGUGAAACAGGCGGAGGAAACCAACGAAGAAGGACAGGAAACAGAGUCAAAUAAUGUGCCUGCUCAAACAAUCACCGAUGAGGAGGAAUAUCGGGAUCAAGAUCAAUUAGAGGAGCCACAGCCAUUAACUUCCGAGCGUUUGGAUCAAAAGCAAGUGGAAGAGAUGCAACAUUUGCGAUCGAAUAGUACUGAGAAUGCACCUCCAGAUCUAGAGCUGGAAUCAUUGACUCACUUGAAUGCAGAAGAUGUUAGCAGUAGGGGUAAGCAUGACAACAUUCCUGAAAAUCCAAUACACACUGCUGCAGAUGAUGUGCACAAGGACACUCCGCCUGGCAACGAUACGCCUGAACUUGAAGCCAACAACAAUGUAUCGGGAAAUACAGAGAUUGAGAAGGAGGAAGAGCAAGCUAAACGUGAUGCGAGAGAAAAUCCUGAAAUCUCUGCAGUCGAAAAGCAGGACAAUGUGGACAAUUUGAACCACUCAAAAGAUCAGAUGCUAGAAGCAGAUGCCGUUGUGGAUAGAAAACUACCUACCAUACCAGUGGAACAAACUCCGCAAAAUGAGCCCUUUGAAGAUAAAACACACUUUAUAGAGGCAGUGUCGAAUGAAAGUAACCAUACUAACCUGACCAAUGACAAUGGGGACGGCCAAGAUCAAGAAGCAGUCGCACACAAUCCUCAACAAAGUUUGUCCGAACAUCCUCAGAACACAAAUGAGAAUGCUAUUGAUCAUUCUGAUAUAGAGCAAAAGACUGAGGCGACUGAUCACUUAGAAGCACCAAUUGCAGAAGAAGGAGAGAUCAACCCCUCCUUGGCGAAUACUUCUACUGGUGGUGAUGAUGAUCAAAACAAGGGCAAACAAGCCGAAAAUGACAUUCCAACAGAGAAUGCAAUGGACAUAGACCAUAAAAAUGAAUUCGCAUCAGCUGAGGGAAUGAAAGAGUAUGACCAAGAAGAGUUGAACCAAGAACUUGGCGAGGAUGAGAACUUGAAAUACACUCAGGCUGAUGAUCCUUCAUUUGAUGCAGACUUUAAUGCCGACGAGGGUGUGGAUGAGAAUGACAACUUUGAUAGCUCCUUUUUAAUGGGGGAUGCCAAUGACGCGUCAAAUGAGGAAGAUUUUGAAAUGCAAGACGUGCUGACGAAUGCGAGCAACCCUGUGAAACAAGAACCAUCAAGCACUUUGGAGGAGAAUGAUAGUGUAGCCGAGAAGCAGUUGCCUGCAUCAACACUUGACCACAAUUCGCCAUUUACAAAUCCACCGGCACCUAAUGAGCCAUUUCCUCCUGAGCCAGUAGUCAAAUCGAAAACUACAUCCUUAGCGGGCGAUGAAGAAGAACAAGAACAAGAACAAGUUAUAGAAGAAGAACUUGAUGACGUGGAGAAGCCAACACCAAAAGUCAAACAAACCCACCUAAUAGUCAUUCCGUCUUAUGCUAGUUGGUUCAACAUGAAAAAGAUUCACAAAAUUGAAAAGGAGUCAUUACCUGAAUUCUUUGAUUCCACCCAUCCUUCGAAAUCGCCCAAAUUGUAUGCCAAUUACAGGAAUUUCAUGAUCAACUCAUAUAGGCUCAACCCGAAUGAGUUUUUGACGUUAACAUCAUGUCGUAGAAAUUUAGUGGGAGAUGUAGGGACUUUGAUGAGAGUGCAUCGAUUUUUGAACAAAUGGGGGUUGAUAAAUUACCAAGUCAAGCCACAAUUCAAACCUGGGUACGCAAUCGAGAAACUACCAAAUGGGCUGCUGGUUGAUUUACCUUAUACAGGAGAUUUCCAUGUAAAGUUUGAUACGCCAAGAGGUCUUUUCCCAUUUGAUACAUCGAGGAUACCACCUGAAAGAGUUGACGUGGAUAAAUUAAAGAGUCUUUUGCAAAUUGAUGCACCAUCGCAUGCAAGCAUUGAAAAGAAUGGGGUCAAUAGAAAACGCCCUUUGGACGAAGUAGAUGAUAAGACAUCGAUCAAGUCAGUAACGAAAAAGCAGAAUGAUGGGUGGAGCCAAGAAGAUGUUAGCAAAUUAGUGGAUGCUGUGAAGACCUACAAGAAUGAUUGGUACCAAAUCGCAGCAGCUGUGGGAAAAGACAAAACUCCACAACAAUGCGUUCUUAAAUUCUUGAAAUUACCUCUUGAAGACAAAUUCAACCCCAUUAAAGAUGGCAAUAAAAGUGACAUUGAACUUUUGAGAUUUGCUUCAAAUUAUCCCAUCAAUUCCAUCGACAAUCCCGUGUUGGCAAACUUGGUAUUUAUGACCAGAUUAGUUGACAGAGAGGUCGCGAAAGCCGCAAGCGAAGCUGCUAUAAAGGCGAUGGAUGCUACAAUUAGACAAAAGGUUAUUGAUGUUUAUGGAGACAAAAAGGAUCAGGUUGAAGAAGAUAAGGGUAAUACUGAUCCUAGUGCAGAUGAUCCAGGACUUAAGCAAGAUAGAUACAAGGAUGAAAACAAAUCAUCGGAACAGAACGGACAUAAGGAGGAGCAAACUGGAGAAGGAGAAGCCAUCGCAACCACUUUCGGCAUAGUGGGGGCACGCAGUCACGUUUUUGCUAGCUAUGAGGAACGAGAGAUGCACAAAGUUAGUGCCAGUAUAAUUAACCACGAGCUUUCAAAGGUGGAGACUAAAUUGGCUAAGAUCGAAGAAUUAGAAAAGAUUUACGAACGUGAGAGACAAAAUUUAGCAAGGCAGCAAGAGGAAAAUUUCGUUGAUAGAUUAGCAUUGACCAAAUCCACCAUCGACGUGAUUGGAAAGCUUGAGGAUGCUGCUCUGUAUUUGGAAUCCAAAGGGUCCGGAGAACAAAGCGCUUUUGAUAAGGAAAAAUUCAAGAAUCUCAUUUCGGAAGCUAGGAGCAUGAUGUAUAAACCAACAAAACAACUGAUAGAGGAAGUCGAUACACUGAACGAUGACAAACCGGACUUUAGGAAGAAUGAGUCAGAGGAGCUUGGAGCAGAUGAUUAUAAGCCUUUGUCAUUAACAUCGCCCCAACAUUUUACAGUUUGGGCACCUUGA